AAGGGCCCCCUCGGGGUGCGCGGAGCCGUGUGUCCGCGACGUGGACGGGGGACGCUCGCGAAAACAAAAGGGGGGUGUGGGAGCUCCACGACCUUUUGCCAUCCAGAGGCGCAAGGGGAUUGUGACCGAGACCUGGCCACACUAGCUCGCCCUACGCAGCCCCUUGGGAACCGGGCCUGGAAUUCCUGUUGGGAGGAGGGUGGGGGAAGGGGAGCCAGCAGGGAUUCCAGAGUUUCUGCCAUCGGCCGGCCGGCCUUUGGCCAUCAGCGUGGAGAAUUCAUGCUGUGACCUUACCCGUGGAGGAAAUGACCCCCAAACGCUGUCGUGUACUUCCUUGGUGAAGGGGCCACAUUCAUUUAUUAAUCCAGUAUCCGUUAAGGUUCCUCGGCCUCUCGGGGUGUGGGGCUUGGGUGGGGGAGGGGGUUGUGGCUGGCGAGGACACAAAGAUGACUGCCCUGGAGGAGCUCAGAGCCUCAUGCGUGUUUUCUCUCCCCUCCCCGCAGCAGAGGAGGAACCCAUGCUGGAACGUUGCUGCAAGGGCGCCCUGGCCAUGGGCCCGGCCCAGCCCAAGGUCUCUGGGCCCUCCCAGAAGUUGCCCCAGACCCUGGAGAAGGAGCCCCACGGGCUGAGGUUACAAGGCACUUCCGUGGCCCAGUCGGGCAGCCAAGCCCCCAGUAGGGCCCAUCGCUGUGCCCACUGUCGAAGGCACUUCCCGCGCUGGGUGGCCCUGUGGCUUCACACCCGGCGUUGCCAGGCCCGGCUGCCCCUGCCCUGUCCUGAGUGCGGCCGUCGCUUCCGACACCCCCCCUUCUUGGCACUGCACUGCCAGGUCCAUGCCGCCGCCACCCCGGAUCUGGGCUUUGCCUGCCACCUCUGCAGGCAGACCUUCCGCGGCUGGGUGGCCCUGGUUCUCCAUCUACGGGCGCACUCGGCUGCAAAGCGGCCCAUCGCCUGUCCUGAAUGUGAGAGACGCUUCUGGCGACGGAAGCAGCUUCGAGCUCACGUGCGGAGGUGCCACCCCCCGGCCCCAGAGGCCCGGCCCUUUAUAUGUGGCAACUGUGGCCGGAGCUUUGCCCAGUGGGACCAGCUAGUCGCUCACAAGCGGGUUCACGUAGCCGAGGCCCUGGAGGAGGCAGCAGCCAAGGCCCUCGGGCCCCGGCCUAGGGGCCGCCCGGCGGUGACCGCCCCCCGGCCCGGGGGAGACGCGGUCGACCGCCCGUUCCAGUGUGCCUGCUGCGGCAAGCGCUUUCGGCACAAGCCCAACCUGAUCGCCCACCGCCGUGUGCACACGGGCGAGCGGCCCCACCAGUGCCCCGAAUGCGGGAAGCGCUUCACCAAUAAGCCCUACCUGACCUCACACCGGCGCAUCCACACCGGCGAGAAGCCCUACCCGUGCACGGAGUGCGGGCGCCGCUUCCGCCACAAACCCAACCUGCUGUCCCACAGCAAGAUCCACAAGCGGUCCGAAGGGUCUGCGCAGGGCGUCCCCGGCUCGGGGAGCCCCCAGCUUCCGGCCGGCCCCCCGGAGGCCUCGUCCGAGCCCCCCGCCGAGGCCCCGCCGAAACCUGCCCGCGAGCGGCCGCCCGAGCCUCCGCAGGGGGCCCCGGGGGCGCCCCCGCCCGAGCCGGCGGCCGCGCCCCCCUCGCUCUUCAGCUGCGAAGACUGUGGCCGGAGCUUCCGGCUGGAGCGCUUCCUGCGCGCCCACCAGCGGCAGCACACCGGCGAGCGGCCCUUCGCCUGCGCCGAGUGCGGGAAGAACUUCGGCAAGAAGACCCACCUGGUGGCGCACGCCCGCGUGCACUCGGGCGAGCGGCCCUUUGCCUGCGAGGAGUGCGGGCGCCGCUUCUCCCAGGGCAGCCACCUGGCGGCCCACCGGCGCGACCACGCCCCCGAGCGGCCCUUCGUCUGCCCGGACUGCGGCAAGGCUUUCCGCCACAAGCCCUACCUGGCGGCCCACCGGCGCAUCCACACCGGCGAGAAGCCCUACGUCUGCCCAGACUGCGGCAAAGCCUUCAGCCAGAAGUCCAACCUGGUGUCCCAUCGGCGCAUCCACACGGGCGAGCGCCCCUAUGCCUGCCCCGACUGCGACCGGAGCUUCAGCCAGAAGUCCAAUCUCAUCACCCACCGGAAGAGCCACAUCCGGGACGGCGCCUUCUGCUGCGCCAUCUGUGGCCAGACCUUUGACGACGAGGAGAAGCUCCUGGCCCAUCAGAAGAAGCAUGACGUCUGAGCGGGCAGGGGCUGCGCAGGCCGAGGGGGGCGGGCGGGGCGUCCUUUACACGAGAGUGUUGCCGUGGGCCUGGGCUGUGGGGGGCCUGUGUUGCUGCUGGUGUAGGCAAGGGAUGGGAGAGCGGCCGGGGAGCUGGGCCCUGUUAGGGAGGGAGGCCCGGCCCCCGGCGCCCGGGAAACCACUCGCAGAGCGCCGGACUCUGGCCUCCAGCUGGUGUUUGCUAAGGUUCUGCCCUGACUGCCCUGGGCCCUGGAAGAGUAGCAAUAGCAGCUUCACCUACCCCUUAGAGCCCUCCUGCUGGAGGGGCCACCAGGGACCAGGAAGACCCUUCCCCUCUGGUGUUAACGCCUUAAUGUCCUUGUCUUUUAUUAUGAGUUUCUUCGGCUCAGUUUUUGGAAGUAGGUGUGGUACAGUCCUUAGUGAAUGAGCACUUGGGAGGAAAAGUGGACCAGCUGGAUACACCUGGGAGAACCUGCUGGCCUUGUUAGACAGCACCUAGGCCUUUUCCAGCACUGAGAGGUGAGGCCGCGCUGCUCUAACCUGUCCCACCCCGUCCCCUUCCUCCUGCCCCUGCGUAGGCACCGGGACUCAGACCCAUCUACUGUUAGUGCUCAGCUCCACUCCCCCUCCCCGAGAUCAAUGCACCACCCUCCCAGCGCUUAGAGCAUCCCCUGGCUGUCAGCAGCCCCGUGUCCAGGCUUUUGUCUGAACACCCCAACCCUCCACUUGUUCCAGAACUCGACAUGGUGGAAAGGACUGCCCCAUUGAUCAUGGAGGGUCGGCUGACAGGCAGAAAGGGGCGAGUUUCCUCUUCUCCAUUUCUAGGUUAUGGAUGCCCAGCCUCUGCUUGAACACUUAGGUGACAGGGAGUCCCCACCUCCUGAGGUCCUGGUUCUAUUGUAGGAUAAUUCUAAUUGUUAGAAAUUCUUCCUUAUAAUGAAUGGAAUCUGCUUUCCUGUAAUUUCUACCUAUUGGGCCUUGUUCUGUUCUCUGGAAUGAAACAGAACAACCACUUACCCUCCUUUUCAAACUAGAGAAUAAAGAUUUGGUUUUAGA